CAUUAUGAUCAAAUUGUUCAAAACUUCCAUAAAAUCGAGUAACAAUGCAUGCAUUUGCCUAUAUAUACACAUAUUCAUGCUCAAUCAGUUAUGAAUAUUUGGGGCAAUUUGAGUAUUUUAUGGGGGAAAUUUGGGGUUUUUAGGGGAAAAGACGAGGGAUUCCUUCGAGAAUUCUGCAUUCAGCUGCCGCUAGAUUGCCCCAGAAAUUUAUAUUUGGGCUUGAAACGCAGUGGUAUAAUUAGAUUGACUUUCUCUCGGAACUCGAAAAUUCUUUCGCAAUAAUAAAUCGCUCCCUGAGAUUUAGACUUGCUGAAGUAUACUGAAGACUUUUGUCAGCACUUGUCUAAGCAAUUCCUGCAGCGUACGUGAAGAUUUCCAGAAUUAGUGAAUUCAUCUGCACUACUGUAAGCGUUUUAGUGUUGUGUUGCAAAUAGUUUCAUAUCACUUAUGCUUUCCAAUCAUGAGAGUCGACUGUCAUUUUAAAACCUUUACCAAUAGUCCGUGACUCUGUGAUUGACAACCGUUGGUGCUUUCUUUCCAUUCACCUAGAGUGCUCGUGGAAGAAAUUGGAGCAAAUUCCUGCACAUUAUACACACCCUUUUUAAUGGGUAGCUGUAUAUCACUGCUAAUCCAAAGUUAACUCAGGUCUGCGAACCCCAAAUGAGCUUCCUGUAUCCAUCCUGAGGUUUUCAGUGGCUGGUUCAUGAAGAGUGAAUCAAAUUAAGUCACCUUGCAAAUCUCAGUUAACAGGAUCAAUAUUGGUGCUUAAUAAGGAAUUACGGUUCGCACUAUCCCACGUACCGAAAACUGUUUUCUGUAACAUUCAUAUAUGGUUAUCUGAAUACAACAUUGUAUGAGAUAAGUUGGAAAGUCGCAAUCAUAUCAAAUUUAGUGCGUUUUUAAGUGCACUUCCAGGGUUCGCUGACUGAAAAUCCAAGAACUGUAGCUUUAGAGCCUAAAAGGUUUGGGAUGUGGUUAAGACUGUAGAGUGCCAAUCCCACACGAUUAGUUGUGGUUAUUUAAUCACCAAACCUGAAGAACGGGCUUAAGGUCUCUUUAUAUUGAAAUCUAGGAUUUAUUCAACGUUAUCAAAGAGUAGUUUUCUUUAGUUAUUUUUUAGAACAUGAGGAAUAUUUCAUUACUUUUAAAAUAGUGUGCUGAGUAUAUGUGUACCGACAAUGAAAAAACCGUUGAUUAUCUUUGUAAGUAAAGAUGCAUGUUCAACGUUCCUUAUUCAUUGAGAUCAGGAAGAAGAAAACAUCUGAACGCAUAUCUUAGUGAUCAUAGUUGCUCAAGUUCGAACAAAGCACUUAGAAUCCAGCAAAGUCACCCUACGAAAGCACAACGUUUUAAGCGAAGAUCGCAAUUGUGUUUCUCUAAUAUACGCGUAGAUUAUUAGGAAGUUUAAUUCUUGAUUUCAACUGAGCGAAGACCAGUGUCUCAAUAAUCGUACAACAGUCGAGAUAUUUGGGAAAUUCAGCGAUAUCGUGUUGUUUUCAGUUAACUAACCAGAUUGAUAUGAGGUAGAGAACGUCUUUAUUAUAGUUUUUCAGAAUUUUAUUUCCACAAGGAUUAUUUAUAAUACCCUAUACACCCCUGGGGCUAGUACUCAUAAUUCUACGUCUGGUGAUUUUCGCACAUGCUUUCUUAGCUUCCUGGGUCUUAUCACAGUUCGAAUUUCUACGAAGGCUUGUAUUGCGCUCUAUGUGCACUGUGCUGGGAUUUGCAGUAUCUAUCGAUGAUGGAUUUCGUACGGACCACAAUACGUGCAUGCCUCUCGUGUCCAACCAUGUAUCGUUAUUUGACCACUUAGUAUUAUGUCUUUCGGAAGAUUGCAUCACACCGAAUACAAAUGUUUUUCACUGGAAAUCCUUAUCUCAUAAUAAAGAGAAAGUACUUUCUGUUUCCGAGUUUAUUCUUCGGUGUGCACGAGAUCAUCACCAACCUGUACAUCUUUUGCCUGAAAGUGCGCCAACUGGUACUACUGAUUGCCUUUUCAAGUUUGACCACAAAAUGUUCGCUUAUGUAGACAAAGUUCAACCUGUAGCAAUUAAGGUACAUCGAAUCUUCCCUAUCAAGUUGGUUGUUCACCCUGUUUCUAAAUUGACAGAGUUGUUAUGGCAGUUAUUCACACCUUUCACGUAUUACAAUAUCAAAUACUUACCACCUGUUUGUCGUAUAUCUGAUGAAGUCGAUGCUGAUUUCUGCGAAAGAGUUCGUUGCGCUAUCGCCAGAUCACUUGGAGCCACUGUUAGUUCAAUAAGCGCUGAGCAGCUUGUUGAGUACUCUGGAACAGAAUCACAGAUAACAUCUCUUGCAAACGUUCGCUCUCCUUCAGUGUCCAGUGUGUCAACAACACCUCGAAGUUUAUCUCUAUCGAGAAAGCAUUCUACCAGUUCGUCAAGUGAAGCACUCUCGUCACCAAACUCUUCACGUGAUGGAGUUCGUUUCCGUGUAGUUGGUAAAUCAUCAAAUCAUGAAACCGAUGAAAAUUCUGAUUUUGCUUUUGAACAUCUGGUACCCAGAAUUAGUGAGAUUCUUCGUGAUGUUCCUGUGUCGCGUAUCCGUGAAGCUCUCGUGUGUACUCAUGGUGACGUGGAAUCAGCGAUUAGUUCACUUUUAGAAAACUCAAAUGAAUUUGGCUCUCAACGAAAUGUAAACGGCCUUGGUGGUGAAGCAGGUAUUUUAUCCCCAAGUAGGCUUAAUGUCGCUGCUCCACAAUUUCUACCAAAUUCUAAUGCACGUCAGUUAAGCCUAAAUGAACGUCGUGAAGCCCUUUUGUCUCAUGCACGUCAGUUAUUUCUUACGCGUCAACAAAAAUCUACUUAACCCCAAGGGGUUAUAGGAUAUAUGAUUUAAUCAACAUUUAAGCUUACAUGUGCUGUGAUCCUUGUUAUAACGUUUUUCAGAUGAACUUGUCAUGAAUUUACGCGUUUAUGUUGAGGCUUUUUCUUUUUUACCAAUUCAUAACUGUGUCUCAUUGGACUUCAUAGUAUCAGUUUUCCUAUUAUCCGCCAUAUGUGUAUAUUAACAACGUGCUUUGUAGAUUUAAAUCAUUUGAUAUUGUUUAUUCAUGGUCUACUUAGACCCACCGAAAAUGAAAAUAGUGUCAAGGUGUUUUAACAGUAUCAGCUAUCGCUGAAUAUAUACGACGCCGACUCAUACUCACUUUCGUCUUUGUUAUACCAGGAAAUUGGUACGAGGAGAUAAAGUUACCACUUAUGAGACUUAGAAAUAUUGCGGGUUGUGUUGUAGUCCGUUUUUCAUCCUUGAUUCA